UCAUCGGCUCCCCAGAAAUUAAAUAGCUAUUCUUGUUUCCUUUAACUCCUUUUAUUUAGGGUGGAUUAGUGAACAAAACUGGGACAACAUUACUGAAUUGGAUAAAGUGGCAGGGUUUCAUGGGAUAAUAGAUUCUUUUGAACAAAACUUUAAAGCUUGGAAUGCGUGGUAUGCCACAACGUUUCCUGAACAAGAAGACUUGGUUGGAGAAUGGAAUGACAAGUUGACAGAUUUUCAAAAGAUAUGCGUCUUACGUUCAUUGCGACCAGAUCGAAUUACUUUCUGCAUGACACAAUUUAUUAUUACCAAACUGGGGCCACGAUACGUUGACCCACCCGUUCUUGAUCUUAAAGCUACUUUUGAGGAAUCAAUUUCUCAAACUCCACUUAUAUUUGUAUUAUCGCCGGGCGUUGAUCCAGCACAAUCACUUAUAACUUUAUCUGAAUCAGUUAAAAUGGCACAGAGAAUGUUCUCCCUUAGCUUGGGGCAAGGACAAGCUCCUGUUGCAACUAAGCUCAUUAUGGAUGGCAUAAGAGAUGGCAAUUGGGUAUUUCUUGCAAAUUGUCAUUUAUCUUUGAGCUGGAUGCCAACGCUUGACAAGAUGAUAACAACAAUGCAAUCUAUGAAAUUACAUAAAAAAUUUCGACUUUGGCUAAGCUCUAGCCCUCACCCCGAUUUUCCCAUAUCAAUAUUACAAACAAGCAUUAAGAUGACUACUGAACCUCCGCGUGGAAUUAAAGCAAAUAUGAAGCGUCUUUACAAUAAUAUAAAUGAACAAAAUAUGGAUACAUGUAAUGAUCCAAGCAAGUACAAAAAACUCCUUUUUGCGUUAUGCUUUUUUCAUACCAUAUUACUUGAACGAAAAAAGUUUCUACAGCUUGGAUGGAAUGUAAUUUACAGUUUUAAUGAUUCUGACUUCGAAGUUUCUGAAGUACUACUUCUUUUAUAUUUAAAUGAGUAUGAAGAAACUCCAUGGGGUGCACUUAAAUAUUUAAUAGCGGGAGUAAAUUAUGGAGGACAUGUAACCGAUGAUUGGGAUAGGCGUCUUUUAAUAACCUAUAUUAAUCAGUUUUACUGUGACCAAGCAUUACAGUCAAGAAAGUUUCGGUUGUCAUCACUCCCCAAUUAUUUUAUUCCCGAUGAUGGUGACGUACAGACUUAUUUAGAUCAAAUACAAAUGUUUCCAAAUUUUGAUAAGCCUGAAGCUUUUGGUCAGCAUUCUAAUGCCGAUAUUGCUUCACUUAUAGGUGAGACUCGGAUGCUAUUUGAGACUCUUUUAUCUAUGCAAGUACAAACAACAAGCUCAGCAGGAAGUGAAAAUACUGAGACAAAAGUAUCUGAUUUAGCAAAAGAGAUAUUGGCUAGUACGCCAGAUGAAAUCAAUUAUGAACAAACUGCAAAAAUUAUUGGCGUCAAUCGAACUCCUUUAGAGGUUGUAUUGCUUCAAGAAAUAGAGAGGUAUAAUAAACUUAUCGGAGAAAUGUGUACCCAUUUGCGCGAUUUACGUCGAGGAAUCCAGGGAUUAGUUGUCUGUCUGAACUCAUUGACUUAGAGGAUAUAUUUUUGGCGGUCUCUGAGGGUCGAGUUCCAUUGCAAUGGUUAAAAGCUUAUAAUUCUUUAAAACCAUUGGCGGCACAUAGAGACCAGACUUAACACAUAGAGUUGCACAUUUUAACACAUGGGCAAAAACAUUGCGCCCCCCGACUUAAUUUUGGUUAGCCGCAUAUACAUUUCCAACAGGAUUUGUAACAGCUGUAUUGCAAACUUCAGCGCGAUCUACCAAGACACCUAUUGAUGAAUUAUCUUGGGAGUUCUAUGUAUUCGUUGAAGAGGAUGCUGCUGCAGCUCGUAUAAUAAGAGAAGGAGGCGGUGUCUAUAUACGAAGCUUAUUUUUAGAAGGUGGUGGAUGGCUUCGAAAAAACCAAUGCCUUCAAGACCCUCUUCCAAUGGAACUUAUUUGCCCCCUACCUGUAGUUCAUUUCAAGCCAGUUGAAAAUCUUAAAAAACGGUCUCGUGGAGUUUACCAGUGUCCAGCCUAUUACUAUCCAAUUAGGUCGGGUUCAUUCAUAAUCGCUGUGGAUUUGAAAUCGGGCGCUGAGAAAUCUGACUAUUGGAUAAAGCGUAGCACAGCGCUUUUAUUAAGUUUAGCUAACUAAUAUAUUGAUUUCGCUUAAAUUAAUUGAAUAAAUUGAAAAAUAAAA